GGAAGUCUUCGAAAAAUUCCAUUCUUUUUGUCCCUAUAGCGAAGUUUGAGAAUUUUCAAAGUGAUGAUGUUAAAAUGAUGCCUUGACUAUUCUAGCACACCUGUCUCGCACCUGUGAUUUCAGACAGGUAAACAGAAGGUUCAGCCAUGGAUUUCAGAAAUUGGUAUGAGAUCCUGCUCAUCUUGUCAGUAUGUGCACAACUUAUCUACCCUUGUCCGCAGUACUGCGACUGUUCACGAUGGUCGGAGGUCAGAUGUCAACAAGUGGCCAUGGGCGAUGUCAUGAGCAACCUUCCACUGGGGACCUUGAGACUGGAGGUCAAACAAACAACCUCGUCCUCUCUGACCUUGAUGGACAUGAACACGUCGUACACAGCGGUCAACAAUCUCAAGAUCUAUAACAGUUACAUUCAGAGGAUCGACGAUGGAACUUUCUCCUAUUUGAGAAAUCUUCAAACAUUAAACCUUACUCGCAAUAAUUUGCGCACAAUAUCAAAAAAUGCCUUUCAAGGAUUAACUCAGCUGACCAAGUUAGACUUGUCACAUAAUGACAUACAAAAUAUUGAUGAAGUGUUUUAUUCUGUUGAUCGACUUCAGGUGCUUUACAUUAACAGCAACUCACUGACGGCGAUAAGCAGUGGUGCAUUCAGUGCUCAGAAACAGCUACAUUAUCUUCAGCUGGAUAGGAACGAGUUCCAGAGUCUGACUGUAAACUCCUUCAAUGGGUUGUCCAACUCCCUUCAGACUCUGUACAUGAGGGGCUGUGAACUGAAUACCAUGAACAUGCUUCUCUCUCUUCGACAACUGAAAUUCCUGGAUUUGGGAGAAAAUGCCAUAUCUAAACUGCCACAAAAUUCUCAGCUGCGACAAGCCUUUCCUCAACUCCGUUCUCUUUUUCUGGAUAGAAAUGGAUUUACUCGUCUGGCCGAUGGACAGUUUUCAAGCAUGAAUCUGGAUACAUUGGACUUAGCAUCUAACAGGCUGGACCAGGUGACUGACUUAUUGUUUAGUGGGUUAGCUGUGCAACAUCUGAAUCUCUCUAACAAUGCAAUCAUUAAUGUGGGCGCGUCUUCGUUCAAACAAAUAAAAUCACUCAACAGUCUCAACCUGGCCCAGAAUCCCAUCGGCAGUUUCCCGCCAGAAUUAUUCCGUGGAAUUUUUUCUCUACGUGAGCUGAACCUUUCUGCGUGUGCACUAAAUAGUUUGAGUGAAGACCAGUUCAAAGAAAUCUACCUGUUUCAGUUGGACAUUUCCCGAAAUUCUCUCCCUUUUCUUCCGCAAGGUCUGCUAGAUCGUUUGACAAUGAUAAGUAAGUUUUAUAUUUAUGAGAACCCCUGGCACUGUGACUGCCGUAUUGCUCCUCUGAAGCAGUGGCUCGAGCGAUUCUGGUCUCGUAGUUGUAACCCCAUGCAGUUUCCUGUGGAAUGUCAGCCGCCUCUGUGCAUGUCACCGCUAUCCUUAACCCAGCGUCCCAUCACUGACCUGACUGAGGCGGAAAUUAACACGUGUGCACCCAUGGAAGAGCUAUCCUCGGCAGAUACAGGACUGGCUGUGGGACUCGGUGUCGGAGCUGUUCUCUUGUGUCUACUCGUCGCCAUCAUUAUCUUCAUCAUCUGUCGUCGGAGAAAAAACAAUAAACCAGGAGGACAGUUUCACCUCUGUAAAUCACCUGCUUCUGAUGUCACCAGCCAUAACGAAGAAUUCGAAAAAUCAUCUAAACCUCCAGUCAAGCCUUUCACUGAUGGAGAUCAAGUGUCUAUCCAGUCAGACAAAAGCUUUGUUGUGAGACAUUUCUUUCAGACAAUGGUGUCUACUGACCCUAGUGCAAUGUCCAAUCCACCCGAGAGAAUGCGUAGGGAUACAUUUAGGACUACUUACAGUGGCUCUAACCCCUCAUUGGCUAGUUCAGCUUACAGUUAUCCAAUAGGAAGGGAGACGGCUAUCUGACAUAUCAUCAUUAUCCUCAUAACCAAGAUAUCGUUAAUCAUCACAAACUAUAGCAAUAAACCAUAACUUCAUUAUAUCAGCAUGAAACAGCAGAGUAAUCAAGCAUAUAGUAAAAGUCAAAGUUGAAUCAUUUUUCAGCCAUUUUAUUCCUCAGACACAAAGUUAAUCAGUAUUAAUUAGAUUAAUGUUACUGUUUAUUUCAUAAUUGAGAUAGCAAUUCUAAACCAAUGAGUGUGUUGCUUUUGAUAAUUUCACCUCUUACCAAAAAAAUUGUAAUGAAGCUUUUUUUGAAAAAUAUAUUUAUCUUCAAUUUUGAUAGUACAUGUACUUUUGAAAAAUUGGAAGAGAUUAAAUCUUGUAAAUGGUUUAAUCUAUAAAUUAACAAACUGAAGGUAUUUCAUUGUUAGUUUGUAUCAUGUGUUUGAUUGAAUCUUGUGGGAAAAAAUAAUAAAAUUUAGGUUUUAUCAUGUGUAUGAUUAUAAUACAUGGACUAUAAACCAAAACAGGCCAGUUCUUUCCAUCAGAUUGUUUGAUAUAUAAGUAUAUAAUUGACUGACUCGGUAGUUGUUUGAUAAUGUUAUGCUGAGAGAAGAAUGGAUUUAACUUACCGGCAAACAAAAAUGUGCUCAGAUUUUCUGUUCAUCUUAGACUUUUGUGAAAACUAUAUUCAGUGAAAAUGAAAGAAUGAAUAUAAUAAUGUGAUAUAUAACUUAUUUGGAGCAUAAUAAUGUAGUCAGACUAGGACAGCACUCAUGAUGUGAAUGUGAUGUCUUAGUUUUGAAUUGCGGGUUCAAGAGAUAUGUUUUUUUUUAUCAUUAGCUUACUACAGGGGUACAUAAGUUUACAGAAAUCAGGAAUCUUAUUGUACUUUAUACCUGCCAUGAAUGUAUUUCCUAUAUACUAUAUUAAGGCUGCUACAUUUAUCAAUUUGUGUGUAUCAAAAUCACAUCUUACAGUGAACUUCAUGCAUUCUUAGACAGUAGUCACCAAAAAUUAAGACUGAAUGUGAGAAGAAAGGUUGUCAUUAAUUUUUAUUAAACAAUGUAAUUUUUUUUUAACAUGAAAUGUAUUUUAUUAAAACUGAAGGAAUAUUUCUAAAUAAACGCAGUGAACAAAUAAAUAAAA